AACAAUAAAUUUAGUUACUUGCCUCAAAAGAUUGCCUAAAAAUCCCCAUCAAAGGCCAAAAGAACAGAAAAAGUUUUUUUUGCACGCGGUGGCAAUGGCGUCUUCUUCUUCUUCCUCCUCAUUAUCCGUCAUCAUUUUCCUCCUCUUGGCGCCUCUCUGCCUUUCAAGUGAGUCACCUUUGCAAAUCCCAAACGCAACCCUAGAUCUCUCUGUACUAUGGUACGGCCAAUUCACGCCGGUUCAAAAGGAGCGGGUUCACGAUUUCGUAGAAUCGCUUAACUUCGACGCCAAGGAAGGUCUUGACCCGAAGGUAUCAUCAUGGUGGAAAGUGGUGGAGAGUUACCAAGAGAGGUUUGAGCUGAAGGAGAUUUACCGACAGAAGAAGAAUAACAGAACCGUAACUCCGAGGAUUAAGGUAAAGAUUGUCCGGACUUAUGUGGAUGAGAAGAUGAAGUAUGGAAACGAAUUGACAAUCGGUAACGGUGAGAAACUUGUUGAGACGGCCACUGGUAAUAUGUCCAAAGUGAUACCCGUGGUAUUUCUUUCGUCACACGUUCGGGCUCAUCGCAUAGGGUUUUGUAACAGAACUUGCCAACAAAAUGCCCUUGCCAAAAUUGAAGGUAAAAAAGAACCACAACCGUACAUAAUGGUAAGCAACCCGGAGGUGGAAUGUCCCGGAGAGUGUGCUUGGCCUUUCCACACGGCUGACAAGGGUCCACGUGGUAUGAUCUAUCAACCGCCAAGUGGCGAUGUCGGAGCUGACGCAUUGGUUAUUCAGCUAGCCACAGGUUUAGCCGAUUUUGCCUCCAAUCCAGCUAUAACGAAGUUCUUGUUCAAAUCUGAUACGACACCGUUCAACGAUGACGGAAAGAGAAACCAUGGCUCUUCUUCGAAGUAUAUCGAGAACCCAUCAACCGAGUGCACUGGUGCUUUUGGAUCCGGAGCUUUUCCUGGUUUUACCGGUAGAAUUCGGGUUGACCCGGUUACUGGUGGAGCCUUUAAUUCUCACGGAAUCAACCACUUGAAAUUCUUGAUUCCUUCUGUUUAUGACCCUAUCACCCAAUCUUGCUGGACUCCUAUGUAACCUCUUUGUUAUUAUUACAUGUUACGCAGUUUUUACCCUUUUAUGACAAAAUUGAAACCUUGAGUUUGUAAAGGAUACUAUCUAUCUAUUGUUGGUAAU